CUCAGGAGUUUCAUUUUUACCAAAUUAUAGUCUUAUAGAAGUUUGUGUGCCCUAUUUUAGGAAACCCAAUGUGAAUCUUUAAACAUUCACAACAACACAAACCCAACCUUUGUUUUAUCUUCCCAAGAUCUUGCAAAACUCACUGUUCUUUUCACUCAAAACCUCCAAAAUCCCAUCAAUGGCAGCAGCUCACACUCACCUCAACAUCAAUCAACACAUGGUGGUAUGUAUGUAUGUAUUAGUCAUCUAAUAGUCUAAUACAAAUAGCAGUUUCCCACUAUUCUUUUGUUCAAAAAGGAAACCCUAGCAAGAAAAAACAAGAACCACAAAAAGAAAAAGAAAAGCAUCAUGUGCUAGAGAAUUAGAUCUUCAAAUAAUUGCAACCCAAAUCAGGAAAACCAACCAGAUUCAACAAAAAGUCUAAAACCCUUCAAUGGAUCCUUACCCAGAAGUAGAAACGUCUAGCAACAACAACCAAAACCCUAAUUUUUUAGCGGUUUCGUCUUCUGGUUCUCAAGCGGCCACUCCCAGCCGUUACGAGAACCAGAAGCGCAGGGACUGGAACACCUUUUGCCAGUACCUGAGAAACCACCGACCGCCACUCACCCUUUCCCGGUGUAGUGGCGCCAACGUGCUGGAGUUUCUCAGGUAUCUUGAUCAGUUUGGCAAGACUAAGGUUCAUACGCCCGUGUGCCCGUUCUACGGGCACCCGAACCCACCGUGUCCUUGCCCGUGCCCGCUUCGGCAAGCCUGGGGCAGCUUGGAUGCGUUGAUUGGGCGUCUCCGGGCUGCUUAUGAGGAAAACGGCGGGCAGCCGGAGAUGAACCCGUUUGGUGCUCGAGCAGUACGGCUUUAUCUUCGAGAAGUUCGAGAUCUGCAAUCGAAAGCUAGAGGAAUUAGCUAUGAGAAGAAGAAACGAAAACGACCUCCACCACAAGAACAGCAGCAUCAACAGUUUCAAAACAUGUCAUCUUUUCAAGAGUUCACUCUUCCACCAGGUGAUAACAAUGAUGAUGAUGAUAAUAAUACUUGAAUUUCAUGAACAAAAGUUUGGAUCUUGGAAGACUUGUUUGGUUUCUUGAAAACCUUUGAUUAAAUUAAAUUAAACUACAUUAAUAUUCUAUAGCAAGUAUGAGUGGGAUUUUACUGUGUACGUUUGUUUGUUUGUUUACUGUAGCAACGUAUUCACAUCUGUGUUCCAUUUUGAUCAUCAUAC